CCUUAAAAUUGACCUUUUCAUUUUGGCCGAAUUGCGAGAUGACCACCAAGCUAAAAAAGACCCGAAAGUUGCGAGGCCAUGUUAGUCACGGACAUGGGCGUAUCGGUAAACACCGAAAGCAUCCAGGAGGUCGUGGCAACGCUGGUGGACAACAUCAUCACAGGAUUAUGUUCGACAAAUACCAUCCUGGUUAUUUUGGUAAAGUAGGAAUGAGGCACUUUCACCUAACAAAGAAUAAGUACCACAGGCCGGCCAUCAACUUGGACAAGAUCUGGUCUCUAGUCAGUGAGCAAACAAGGACGAAUGCAGUAAAGAAUACAGAAAAGGCCCCGGUCAUCGAUGUUGUCAGAGCCGGAUAUUACAAAGUUCUAGGCAAAGGCAUUCUCCCGAAGCAACCUGUGAUUGUAAAGGCUAAAUUUUUCAGUAGAAUAGCCGAAGAGAAGAUCAAGAAAGUUGGUGGGUGCUGCGUUCUUGUGGCAUAGAUGCCACCAACACUGCAGUAAUAAGUUUCCAGCUUUUGAGAAUAUUGUAAUAAAUUAGACCAUAUGUACAAGGAUAAA